AUGCCCAAACUAUCCAAAAGCGAGAAAGAAGACCUGAUAGUGACUCAUAUCCGGUCAACUGGCACGUGCCACACACUGAAGGAGCUCGAAAAGAGCCUCCCUAGCGUGGCGUCCAUAAACAGCAUCCAGGUAAAGGAAUACGUGCAAGGGUUAGUCGACGAGGGGAAACUACGAGUCGAAAAGAUCGGCGCGGGAAACUGGUACUGGAGCUUCAGCAGUGACGAAAAAAUGGAACGCGAGCAGCAGUUGGCCAGGCUUCAGGCUGAGGUGGAGAAGGCACGGAAAUCUUACGCCGACGUGGAGGCGUUGUUGGUCGCCCAAUCCGUGCAACGAGACGAUGAGACCAACCGUGUGGGCCCCGAUCUUGACCGCCAACGUCAGUCCCUUCAAGAGAGAAAGCUUGAGCUGGAGGCCGACCUCAAGGGUCUCAAAGCCCGAGUUUCAGUUUCGGGCUUCUCGGUGAAGCAGAAAGGCGCCCAGCAGCUUCAGGGCGAACUAGCGGAGUUUAAGGAGCAGGCGCUUCUCUGGACAGAUAAUCUGUACAUCUUGGAACAGUAUGUGCGAGAUCUUGCGGGCGACCGGGAAGUCGUGGCCGCUGUGCUACAAGAUUGCUAUGGAACUGAGUACGUGGACGGGUGUUUGAGGGAUUUGGAGUAG